AUCAGAUCAUCCCAUGAUGCACCGCGCUUCAACGGCUUCAGUCAUUCAAGCAGCUCAGUCCUGGUGUUUGAGAGAGCGUCUGUUCUGUUAGGCCAUCUGGGUUCGGGUAACCUGUGUCCUGAACCGGACCGGUCCCUGAACGGGGGUCUAAACUCUCUCAUUUCGAGCUGAACUUCCCCGUCCAUGCUUCAGGAAUCACCGGCAGUUGACGGGAAGCGAGCGUUUGGGCGGCAGAAGCGGUGCUGUCAGCGAUAUAACAGCAGAAAGCGUUACAUAUUCAAACAUAAACCAACCGGAAAGAGAACUGUGGGAAUUUAAUCAAACUUUAAAAGCAACUUGAUGGAUUUAGAGACCGGAAGAAACGAACUGGGAGCAAUGGGAGAGUCGCUGCAACCGCAGACCCCCAGCCGCCACGAGAAAAGUCUCGGACUGCUCACGACUAAAUUUGUGACUCUGCUGCAGGAAGCGAAGGACGGAGUGCUGGAUCUCAAAGCUGCUGCAGAUACUUUGGCUGUAAGGCAAAAACGGCGUAUCUAUGACAUCACCAAUGUUUUGGAAGGCAUUGGACUCAUCGAGAAGAAAUCCAAAAACAGCAUCCAGUGGAAGGGUGUUGGUCCGGGUUGCAACACACGUGAAAUUGCAGACAAGCUAAUUGAUCUCAAGUUGGAAUUGGAGGAUCUUGACAGGAGGGAACAUGAACUGGACCAGCAGAGAGUUUGGGUUCAGCAGAGCAUCAAAAACGUGACAGACGACUCGCUAAAUAGCCCUCUGGCGUAUGUAACGCAUCAAGACCUCUGCAAUUGCUUCAAAGGUGACACUCUUCUAGCAAUAAGAGCUCCUUCAGGAACACAGCUGGAGGUUCCACUGCCUGAAUCUCAUGUCAAUGGACAAAAGAAGUACCAGAUUCACCUGAAGAGCUCUGCAGGCCCCAUCGAGGUCCUGCUGGUGAAUAAGGACCCCUCUAGUUCUUCUCCUGUGGUGCUGCCCGUGCCCCCGCCUGACGACAUGCUUCAGAGCCUGUCCACCCCAGCUUCAACUACCUCUGCUGCUGCUGCACCCACCAAACCGGCAGCCAACAGUACGCAAUCCUCCACCUCCACCUGCCAGAGUCCCGCUGCCGCCGUCCCUCCCAACACAACCACUGCCUCUGCUGCUGGGGCAGCUACAGACAUUUCAAGCACCUCCACUUCAGAUACAACAGCCAAUCUGACAUCUUCAACAGACACGCAGCAGCUGCAGUCUUCUGCAUCACUGGACAGCAGCUCUUCACUUCCUGAUUCCUCAACCCUUUUUGAACCAAUCAAAACAGACCCUUCAGAUCUGCUGGAUCUCCCCAAAGAACUUUCAGAAAUGUUUGACCCUAAAGGUGAGGACCUGUAUAACAUGCUAGACAUGUGCUGCUCCUUGUUGAUGUUUAUCAUCUAUUGCUGA